AGUCUUUGGUUUCUAGUGUUUUGCCAUGGCAGGAAUAGUUCGUUCGAUUAUCGCUGUAAAAAGUAUUAGGAAUAUUUGCAACACAUUUACGAAUGUUACUCCACGACGGUACGCCAGCUCGAACCGUGUCAAACCUAUCAAGAAGCCGGCAGUUACGGAUCGCGAUGCGAAUCAGGCAAAAGCAGCGGCUAUGCGCGCGGAAAUUGAAGAACAGGGUGCACUUUUCGAAGGCAAACGAUUUGAAUCCGUAGCGCAAUCUCUUUCUAGCCGAGGGUAUCUCCGAGCAGUAAAGCCAUACUCUCCGCCACACAACGUAAGCGAACAACUGCAAUCAUUAGCUAAAGCGCAAGGGAUCACCGAUGAAAAGCGAUCAUUUAGUGGACUCGAGCAAAAGUUUGCCUUUUUGGCCGCGUGUAGCGAAACCUUUGGCCAUUCCGUACCGAAUUCGUUGCUACACGAAGUCCACACCGUUGAUGAUGCCCUUGUUUUCUAUCAAACACCGAUCGAUACCAGACUUCCGUUGGAUUUAAUCGGUAGCAUGGACUUACCGGAAAAUCUGCACAUACAACAGGAAGGCGUACGCUUUCAUCCGGAGACGGACACGAUGUUCGGAGGAAAGUCGGCAUUCCCGAAAAGCUCAACAAUCGUGACCGGAUUAAAGUACAAACAGAAGUACCGUGGCCACGAGGCGAAAAAAUCGUGGCCUUAGAGGCCCGGUUGCGAGGUAGCAAUAGAAAUGUUGUAUCAUGAAAUAAAGUGUAGCCGUU